AUGGCCAAACUCAGAAAUAGCAGCGGUAAAAAGAAAGGUGGGAUCGUGAAGCUGAAAGUUGUGGUUGAGAAGAUCCAAAAGAAGCUGUUACCGGGUAUGAAAGGGAGUUCAUAUCGAGACGCAUGCGAAGAAGAAGAAGGAAGUGAGUCGAGUUAUGUCCCAGAAGAUGUGAAAGAAGGACAUUUUGCGGUGAUUGCUGAGGACGGAGAGGAGCCAAGGAGAUUUGUUGUGCCACUAAGCUGCUUAACGCACCCAUCUUUUUUGAGGCUAUUGGAGGAAGCAGCUGAGGAGUAUGGGUUUGAUCAUGAAGGAGCUCUAACAAUCCCUUGCAGUCCGAGAGAGCUUGAAAGGAUAUUGGAGGGACGCUCUGAAAGUGAUGCGGUCAGCUGGAAUGUCUGUAAACCCAUGGUUCAAACCUACUCCUAAUCAUAUUAUGUCAUUCCAAUUUUAAUCUAAUCUACUUUCUAUUGUGAAAUGUCUUGUUACGAUCACAACUAGCGUGUGUUUCCCGGUGCAAUCUAA